GCAAAUAAACCAGCCCUGCUUAAUUUGCACAGCAUCGUCUGGUUUUCCGUUCCAGUUUCACCCCAUGACGAGCACAGGCCCGUACAACGCCGCCGCAGCGGCCGGGAAGGAGGAGACGGCAAGGCCGCUUGCUAUCCCGUCCCCGACCGUCCACCCGGCGACAACCAACGACGCCGGGGACGAGGAGGCCGCGACCACCGGGCGCUGGCGCUCCAUGCAGCGCCUCCGCAAGCGCCGGUGCCUGCUCUGCUGCUGCGGCUGCUGCGCCACCUCCGUGGUCAUCUUGGGCAUCGUCAUCCUCGUGCUCGCGCUCACCGUGUUCAAGGUCAAGGACCCCAUCCUCACCAUGAACCGCGUCACGCUGGAGGGCGUCGACGGCGGCCUCGGCACACAGCAGCACCCGGUGUCCGUGAACGCCACGCUCAACGCCGACAUCUCCAUCAAGAACCCGAACGUGGCGUCGUUCAGGUUCGAACGGAGCGAGACGGACUUCUACUACGCGGGGGAAACGGUCGGCGUGGCGUACGCGCCCGACGGCGAGGUCGGCGCCGACCGCACCGUGCGCAUGAACGUCACGCUCGAUGUGCUCGCCGACCGCAUCUCGCCUAACGUCACCGCGACGGACCUCAUCUUCGGCCAGAACUACAACCUGACGAGCUACACGGAGAUCACCGGGAGGGUGAACGUGCUUGGCAUCUACAAGAGGGACCUCGACAUCAAGAUGAACUGCUCCAUCAUGCUGGAGGUGGGGGCCUUCACCACCGUGCAGAGCAAAACCACGGACUGCGUUGCAAACGUGAGAUGAUCGGUUAGCAGGUCGUUUCCUCCAUGGAUUCAUAUAUUGUGUCACUUCAGUUUUGUACUUCUGUCUUUCUCACCCCCCCCCCCCCCUUUUCUGUAUAAGUUGUAGAUUGUUGCGUGUGUAAUUACAAUUUUAUUAUACUACUUCUCUCAUGAUGCUAUAGUGCUCGACAACUUU